AUGCACUUAUUAAGUUUGUGUCUGUUGUAUGCUCUCGGUCUGAAAGAAAACACACGAAAUCGUGGUCAGAGUAUCAUAACACCGGGAGGGGAGUUCCGAAAAGGUCUGAAAGUUAUUCAGAAGCUUCCUGGAUACGCUGUAACGCUAAUGCGUCGCAGUGUACUAAAUCACUAUGCCUUUGCUCAGUACUUUGAAGGAGCGCUAGACAGUGAGACGGCUGUAUGGUCAAGCAUUGCCAAGGAUGAUUGGACGCUUAUUACCGAGAUGGAAGGGCUGACUAACCAACUCGCACAGUUUAGUCUGGGCGAAGUGCAAAAGCAGGGCGUGGCAAGCUCGUACGUCUUACUUUUUCGCAAAAUGUUGGUUUUUGCUGGUGAAUCCACUACAGUUAAUUGUUUGGUUCUCGAUCGCCCUGGGCCAAAAGCAACUGAGCAUUCGCAACGCCGAGCACCAAAGUCUAUAUCCGAGUUUUCUUGGGAUGGCAAACGUUGUCGCGACCGUCUUCGUGAGCAACUCGCUCUUCGCCGAGACCGAGCUUCAAUUUGA